AAACACGUUUGUCCCUUUUGGUUGUUGCUAAAUUAUAAAUAACUAAUACUCUUGUCCAUUGUUAGUUAAUGCCGAUUUAUAACAAGAGUAAUAAUAAAGAUCAUAUGCUACUUUACUGUUCAUUAAAAAUGAAUUGGACUAAUGAUGAUUGCUAUAUUAAUAUUAAUGCACAUCUGACUGACUGAUCUGACUGUACAUUCUUAUUUUAGGGUUGUUGGUUAUAUUAUGAUUAUUUUAACAAACAGUUUUGCUUCAUACAUGAAGUUUAACAGCAUCAGGUCAAAGAGGGUAAACUUAAUCAUUCAGCUGAACUGUGCAAGUCCAUAAAAUUAAUUAAUAAUCAAGCCUCAUCUAAGUGGAAGUGAGUAGUUAAGAUCUAGAAAUUAAUUGUAACAAAGUAUUUAAUAUGCAGGCAAGUGUGUCUGUUUUUAUAAAAGUGUACCUUUUAUGGAAAUAUCAGAAUCUUUUAACUUGAAUGAUAUAACAGUGUAUAUCACGAAUAUUUAAAAUGAUUAAGAUGUGUUUUAUUUUAAAGAAGUCACAUGAUUGGUUAUGUAAUAUUAAUGUAAUUUUGCAUGUAUGAUUGUUUGAGUGAUGGAGAGGGUCUGGCAUGGCUGCUGCUGUCACACAGGUGCCUCAUAAACGGAGAAGCAUUGGAUCCAGCCGCUCACAUCCAAACCCACCUUAUGGCCUCCAUCUACCUGCCCUCAUUAGAGGACUCGUCUGAGGUGAAGGAGGGCUUCCUGUGUCCUCUCUGUUUGAAGGACCUCCAGUCAUUUUACCAGCUACAAGGCCACUAUGAAGAGGAACACUCUGGUGACAACCGGCACGUUGGUGGUCAGCUGAAAAGCCUGGUGCAAAAGGCAAAGAAAGCCACAGACAAGCUGUUAAAGCGCGACGGAGAUGAUCGGACGGACAGCAGCUAUGAAUCAUUUUAUUAUGGAGGAGUGGACCCCUACAUGUGGGAGCCGCAGGAGCUCGGAGCCACCCGCAGUCACUUGGAUUUUUUCAAGAAGCAGAGAGCUGCAAGAAUUGACCAUUACGUGAUUGAAGUCAACAAACGCAUUAUACGACUGGAAAAGCUAACAUCAUUUGACAGAACCAACAUGGAUGCAGCGCAAAUAAGAUCACUUGAGAAGUCCGUGGUAUCAUGGGUGAACGAUCAAGAUGUGCCAUUUUGCCCUGAUUGUGGGGGCAAAUUCAACAUCCGCAACCGGCGCCACCAUUGCAGACUCUGUGGGUCCAUUAUGUGCAGAAAAUGCACAGAGUUUAUUCCUCUGCCACUAGCAUAUAAAUUGACCAGUGGAACAAGGGAGGCCCUGUGGGCUCCGGGGCAGAGUGGGUCUCCUGGAUCUGCAGGCCCAGUGAUGCAGCAGAUGUCUCGCCGCAGCUCCAUUAACAGCAUCUCAUCUGUCACCUCUGUGUUGGAGGAGAAAGAUGACGACCGAGUACGUUGCUGCCAUCAUUGCAUGGAUGCACUUCUCCGGUAUCAGCACAAACUGGAGGAGAAAGACCACGUGCCUGAUAUCGUCAAACUCUAUGAGAGGUUAAGGACAUGUAUGGAGAAAGUUGAAGCUAAGGCUCCAGAGUACACACACAUGGCACAGUCUCUCAAUGCUGGGGAGACGACCUGUAGACUAGAGAGUGCUGCUGCACUAAGGAUGGAGAUACAGAAAUACUAUGAGCUCAUUGAUGUUCUGAGUAAGAAGAUACUCGCACUCGGACUAAAAGACGAGGUCCAGCCUCACCCCAAAGCCCUGCAGCUGCAAAGGAUGGUGCGCUACACAGCUACACUUUUUAUACAGGAGAAACUGUUGGGACUGACGUCGCUCCCCACCAAGGAGAAGUAUGAGGAGCUUAAAGAGAAGAGAAGAGAGGAGCAGGAGAAAAGAGCGCAGCAGGAGAGACAGGCUGGCCUGGAGGCACAAAAACGGCAUUUGGAAAUUGAAAAUAACCUCGGUGCACACGAGGAUGUUCCAGGUCCACGCAUGAGGAAAGCCGGUGGCUGGCUGCCACAAUCAGACACUCAGCAUACUCGCUCUGAGCUGGACGACCCUCUCCUGCAGCAGAUCAAAAACAUUGAGUCGUUCAUACGGCAGGCGCGCUCCGCAAACCGCACCGAUGAAGUGGCCAUGCUGGAGGAGAAUCUGCGGCAGCUGCAGGACGAGUUUGACGCCCAGCAGACCAGUCGAGCCAUCCAGCUUUCACAGAGGUUGGCUGAGGAGACCGACAUGCAGCAGAGACAAUUUGAUCAUCUGCAUCAGAGAGAGCUUGAGUACAGAACCCAAUCAAAACUGUCCUCCUUGGAUUUUAGAGACCGAGAAAAUGUUUGGAAAAGAGAGGAGGCGGAAGGUGACUUGGGAGAACAUCUGAUUGAGAGCCCUGGGUCUUCAUCACAUCUAUUAGGAAACUCUCCUCCCUUAGACAGGCAAAGAGAUAAACAUACAUCGACUCCACCCACCAGAAACCCCUUUGACGAGGAGCAUUUAUCUCCUGCUGAGGAAGAACCCAUAAACUCUCAGACAGUCAAUGGAAAGAAAGAGUACAACCCGUUUGAGGAAGAAACCGAUGAAACGGAAGAUCUAGAUACAGCUAAAGUGAAGUCACCUAUAAAUCCUUUUGAAGAUGACGAUUAUGAAGAUCGAGGUAACCCUUUCAAAGAGGUUUCCAAAGAGAUUCCAGCUGCCUCAACAAAUCCGUUUGAUGAAGAGGAUGAUGAGGAUGGCUCAGCACUCGAUGACGGGAUUGAGGAAGAGCUACUUCUACAACAGAUCGAUAACAUCCGGGCAUAUAUCUUUGACGCCAAGCUAAGUGGACGUUCUGAUGAAGUGGAGCUUUUGUCAGAGAACCUAAAGGAGCUGCAGAAAACACUACAAGAGCAGAAAAGAAAAAAAUAGUGACCAUCACAAGUUUUCAGUUACAGAUUAACAGUGUAAGAUAACUGAUGCACUAGACAAAAAUAUAAAACAAAUUUCAAAACUGGUUUCUGUGCAAGAAUGCAUAGUAGUAGGAACAGAUCAGAUCUUAAUUAGAACAACUCAAUUUCUGGAAAAAUGUGUUAUUUAAUCAUCAUCAUAAAAAAAAAAAAAAAAAAAACUAAGUCCUAGCAUUGGGUAAUAUUCAAGUAUUUUAUGUGAACAAAAUCUCAAUAUGUAUUCUCAAGUCAUAUAAAUGGGUAGAAAUAGCUGGUUAAGAUUUUCUGUUCAACUAAGUCAGUAUUUCAUGCACAUUUUGCUUUAGAAUUUUAAGAAAAUCUAAGUUUAUGUAUUGAAGUCUAGCAUGAACACACACCUGCAUCUUUGAACUUUAUUAUUAUUAUAUUGAUCUAAUAGAUAACCAGAACUUCACUAAAUAGAAACCCUAAUUUCUUUUUUCAUCCUUGAAACAUCAAA